AGAGAGACCUUCCUCACAUGUCUCCUGACCAUUCUGUCAAAUCACGCAACAUGUGAAGCCCCUGCGAUCCAACAGCCCGUAAAACGUUCUCUCUGGAUACUUAAUUAAGCGGCUUUAAAUGUGCAUCUUUUCCGGAUAACACUUUUGACUUGUCUUGGGGGCUUUUUUCUUUCUGAUACAUUGGCUCAGAGGGCUUUCUGUGGACUGAGAUGGUGCAAUGCUCCGCGGGACAGCACCGCGUGUAUGUUGGCUGUGGAUCCUGCUCUCCAGUGUGUUGAUCUGGAGAGUUCACUGCGCCAGCGCGCAGAGCUGUCAUGAGGUUAAAACCGCUUUCCAGCUGCGCCAAGUCGGUUCAUUAAGAUUGGUUCCGGAGACCGCAGCAACAGAUGCAGAUCUUCUCAUCUGCAAACACCAGGGUCCCACGUGCUGCACCCGCAAGAUGGAGGAGAGCUACUACGCUGCUGCCCAGAGAGACACACUCCAGAACAUUCUCUCCUACAGCUUCGAACUCAAAUAUCUCAUCCUGGGCCAUGCCUCUUCCUUCCAGGAUACCUUCCAUUCCCUGCUCUCCUUCACACUAAAUCAUACCUACUCGCUCUUCGACAGCACAUAUCAGACAAUCUCUCACGACGCGAAACCCUUGGUGUCUACCCUCUUCUCUGACCUUGAGCUCUAUCUCCGUGGUGAUGCUAGGAUCUCUGUGGAAUACUCAGUCCAAAGUUUCUACGACAAACUUUUCCCAUUGGUAUACCAGCACCUGGUCAAUCCUGGCUUGGGCUCAAAUGUUUCUACCUGGUCCUCUGAAGGAAGCAAGUGCCUACGUGCCACUCGGCAUGACGUCAAGCCCUUUGGCCCUCACCCGCAAGAACUUGCUCAGGGACUGUCUAGGGCACUAGUGGCUGGUCGUGCCCUCAGUAGGGCACUGAAGGUGGGUGCUGAGGUUCUGAAUGCUACCGAGUUGGUGGGGAUGGCGCGGCAAUGUGGACGUGCACUGGUGCGGAUGCAGUUCUGUCCGCACUGCCGUGGAUUGACCCUCAUCCGGCCUUGUGGAGGCCUGUGUCUCAAUGUGAUGCGGGGUUGCCUCGCAGGAUUUGCUGAACUGGAUGGGCCCUGGAGACGUUAUGUAGCAUUAAUGGAGCGGCUGAGCGGGGCACUAGCAGGAGGAUACGAACUGGAACUGGCACUUCUACGAAUCCGGGAAAGAAUUAAUGAUGCCAUCCUUACUGCGCAACUCCAUGGACCGCAUCUCAGCGCCGUGGUGGGUAAAGUUUGUGGUUCCUUGACUGAACCCGUUUCCUCCACUCCAGUCAGUCCCACCUCUAGAAGUUUGAGUCCUUCACUACACCCAACCAUCGAACUCCAAACCUCAGUCACAUCUUCCAGUCCUACAACGCUACCUGACACAGACAACCAACAUGAGCACAUUACACUAAAAAGAAGGUCUCUGCCUCUGAAACCAUCCAAAAACGACAAACCCAGAAGCCUGAAAAAGAUUUCAAAGGAGUUCAUGGGCUACAUCCAGCGGUACAAAUCAUUCUUCUCCACGCUGCCGGUGAUGCUGUGCGAGGGCGAGGUGGUGAUGGAUGAAAACACCUGCUGGAGUGGAGAAGAUGUGGUGGAGAGUUAUACAGGUCAUGUGGUGGGGAAUGGACUGCAAGCCCAGAGGCACAACCCAGAGAUAAAAGUCAGAAGUGUGGAUCCAAUCCUUAUCAACGUUAAGGAAAAGCUAGAGCACUUCAACCAGGAGAUGUGGGGAGACGUGGGUUUGGGAACAGAUGGUGGUGAGGAUGUGGAGACCAGCAGCGGUGAUGCAGCAGAAGGCAGCGGUGAGUGCGAUGAUGAAGACGGCUGUCAAGGAUCGGGCCAUGGUGAAGACAAGACUGGUGAGUUCAUUCGUCCACUACAUCUCAGCUCAAAGACAACUGUCUCUCUGCGUUUACCUGCACAGGAAGCCAUUAUCCCAAUCCAGCCCCCCAACUCCAGACCCAAACCGGGUGCGCACAGUAGUGGAGUCGUCCACAUCCCAAACAUCUCAUCCGUCUUAUUUCUUCCUCUCUUACUCAAAAUACAGCUCCUUCUUUGGCCCGAUGGAUUCUGAUGCACAGUAAAAAGACUGAACGAUUCAAGCAUGCAUUUGCACUAGGCCCUUAGAAGUCUGCACAUUUGUCUUCUGAUCUCAUCAGAUGCUCAGUAAGUUCUCAUGUCGGCCCCCCCACAGGAUGUUACUAUUCAAAAACUGGUUAUUCGUUUGCUCUGGCUGUUUGAAAGGGUUUUAUGUAGCUAUUGAGUAGUGUCAGACAUAAAUGUGUGAUCAAGUUACACCAUCAUUUCUUUGGUGGUUUUACUGUCAUAAUUUAUAGUGCUGCUGUUUUGAAACUUUAUUCAAUACGGAUUUACAAAUAUGUUUGUCUGGUUCAGUACAUUUUAGAGUAACACAUCACAUCCUGAAUUCAUUUACACCCUCCUGCAGGAAUUAUGUGGAAAGGCUGUUUUGUUUUUAUACAUGCGUGAGUAUUAUUGUGGAUUAUAUUCAAGAAAGAAUGAGCUGUUUUAAUUCUCCUGUAUCAUUGUACCUGGGUGAAUUUUACAAAGGUUGUAUUUACCCCAAUAUAUAUAAAAUUACAUUAAUAAUGAAAUGAUUUUAGAGUUAGGAAAAUUUAUACCAAUUGUGCAAGAUUAAGAUUUUUCCCAAUUCUUAUUUCUAUAGUCUGAAAAAAUAAAUAAAUGAAAUAAAAUUAAACAAAUUCCCCAAAAUACAGUAAUGACAAUUAUAAUUAUUUGCAUCACAGAGGAAAAUCGACAUAAUUGGCAUUAAAAUAAUACAAGUAAUGCAAUAAAUAAAUCUUAAUUGUCUGC